AUGAGCCUGGAAGCGAAGAUCGCAGUGUGCCUUCACGACCUGAAGUCGCCCUCGGAUCAUCCGGUGGCGCUGCGCUCCUCCCCAAACGGAGUCUCCUUCACAUGCCCCCCAUCCCUGAAGGGGGCUAACUUCCCCGCGAAUGACGCGAACUUUUCGGUAGAGCAUGUGAUGGAGCAGCCGAACGCGGCUGCAAUCCAGAAAAAGAUGUUGUCCUCUGCUGCCUCCGACUUUGUGAAGAACCGUCAGAACCUGGUCAUGUUCAGCUACGGCGUCCGCUCUACCCCGAAGCGUCAACUCAUGUACGGCCACAAAGGCGAGGAGGGCUACGCGAUGCGCGUCAUCUCCGAUGCAGUAAGCAACGGCCAGGGCAUCUUCACCCUUUCGUGCUACAUUUUUGGCCAGGACGAACACCUUGUGGAUCUUAUCUCGGCAGAAAACGAACUCGGCGUGAUUGUCGAGUCGGUGAAGGAAGGCCCACGUGUGCGUAUGGUUGAGCGCGCCAAGGUUAAGAAUGAAUCUGAUGUGCGAGGCGUCUUCUCCAAGAUCAUGGAGAACUACCAGAAGCAGUUUGAGACCGUGCUGCUAGAAAAGCAGCCCACCCCCGAGCUCCAGACGCUUCCACCGUACAAGGGCGAUACGAUCAUGCUGCAGCUGUGCCGCUACGAAUCGGAGGAGAACUACAACAACUACGACGACGCCAACUCGAUGACGUUUGUGGCUCUCGGCGACUCGGAGCGGCCGGUGCUGUGCGGCCUCGAUUCUUCCCAGCAGGAGUUGUUUGAGAAGACAAACCGUAUCCUGUUGUCUGCAGUGGGCAUUGUGUCGAGCAUCAAGUGCAGCCGCCUGCGCAUUCCCUUUGGCAAGUCGAAGCUGAGUCAGUUGAUGCGCCGCUGCUACAAUGCCGAGAAGGGCAACCCCAACGGCGCCCUGAACGGGCCGACAAACACUGUCAUGCUGAUUCACUGCUGGACGAACGGCGAGUGGGCGGAGGAGAGUUUUCACAACCUUUCCAUGAUACGGCGCAUCUGCAACACACUGGGCUCCUCCGGCAUUGGCUCCAUGCUGCGCGACUUGCCAGUGGAGAAGUGGCGCCUCGAUCAGGACAUCAAUGAGCUGCGCGAUGAGCUGGUGGUGGCGCGCACGGUGUACGAGUACAAGCCGUGCAUCUACGAGUCCGCAAAGCCUAUCGCGAACAUCAAGGAGGAGGAGUUGAAGCGCAUCAACGCCAUCCAGCAGAAACGCAACGAGGCACACGAGAAGCAGCUCGCGAUGAUCCAGGAGAAGGCCAUGGAGGAGGCCAAGAAGACCAUCAAGGACCAGGAGGCGAGAAGCGGCGUCACCCUGGCGUCUCUCGAAAAGAUGCUUCAGACCAAGAAGCGUGAAAACGAGUCUCUCCAGAUCGAACGUGACAACAUGACGCGCGAGUACGAGCAAACACUCGAAAAGAUCCGGCGCAAGAAGGACAGCGAGGAAGACAUUGUGUCUCGCCUCCGUGAAGAGACAAAUCAGCUGGAGGAGGAGCUGGGCGCGCGCCAGGCGGCCAUCCUGAACAAGCAAAAGCAGCUGGAUUUGGCAAAGCUGGACAAGACCAAAUGCCGCGAGGCCAUCCUGCGCGAGCGCGGCAACGUGGAGGCGAUGCGCAAGACGCUCCUGACUGAGCGGCGCCACCAACGUGAGCAAUGGAUUAAGCAGAUCAAGGAAGUCAACCAGCAGGUGCUGGUGCAGCUCCGCACUAUGGCUGAUGAGCGCAAGCAGAACGGCGAGACAGUUUCGGUGAAGGAGGAGGCGUCAGAGAAGGCUGUGAUUGAGGACAUCAAGACCAUUGAGGAAUACCUGCCAAAGCUCAUCUCGCUUGAGGACGUCCCUGUCAACCCGGAGGAGACGGAGACCAUUCGCCGCCAGUUUGAUGAGGUCUUCCUGCAGGAGAAAAAGACGUACCUGAUGAAGAUUGAUGAGGAGAAGGCGCGUAAGGAGAAGCUAGAGAAGGGCCUCAUGGCGUACCGCAACCGCGUGGUCGAGGUGGCGCACGCAAAGAAGAAGGAGAACAUGCAGGAUGCCGCGAGGAAGGACCAGCACCUCACCUCGCUGGUCGAGCAGGUGCUCACGUACCUGCGCAACGGCGUGAAGAUGAUGAAGGUGUCGAGCAAGAACCACGUGCGCUGCCGCUUCUACUUCAUCUCUGAUGAUGGAUGUCGCAUCCACUCAUGCGAUCUUGAUGGCCAGGGUGCCCCGAUCAACCGACGCAAACCGCCAGUGACGAUCUGGCUGCGCGACAUCCGCAAGGUGGUACUCGGCGUGUACACCGAAUCCUUCGUGUCCUUCAGUUCCGAGAGCCAGCUCGCCAAAGCGCGCGCGGAGGCUGUCACGGACAGCGGCACAUACCGCAAUGACGUAACGCAGACCAUCACGCCUGCGAACAUCGGCCUCAACAAUUACCGUGCAUUCGCACUGCUGCUGCGUGGCGGUAAGUCACUCGAGGUGGUUUGCUACUCUGACACGGACUGCGAGGCGUGGAUGGUGGGACUGCGGCGUCUUCUGGGGAUCAAGACGGUGACUGAGAAGCAAUUGGAGCAGCAUAUGGAAGGUGAACGCCCUCAGGAGGUCUCUGUGGUGGAGCAACAGGUGGAGAUGAAGUUCGGUGGCCUCCUUGACGUGCGCAACAUGCGCGGCUUUCUCGCACUCUCCGCCGAGGAGGCCACUUUGUGCAGUGAGAGCCACAUUCCACCGGCACUCUUCCUGCGCGUAAAGCAGGAGAUGGUGGACAAGUCUCACACCGGCUCCAUCACCACCUACGACGUGCGGGUUUCCUCUGGGCUCGACUUGGUGCGCUCAGGUUGCAUCUACGACUUCUUGGUGCAGCACCACGUCAUCCCACUCCCGUUCUAG